UAGGUGUCAGCGGUCGCCGGUCCUUACUAGUUACUCCUUAGUCCUUACGCUCCAUUUCGUGGAAAGCCCGUGUGAAGACAAACGUAGCGCUUCGUUAUCAGAUCGCCAACACGACCCUCUUGCUCAUUCCACUCGAGAAGGAUUUGUACUAUUUUAGGUGAACGGAAAUCUAUCUGCCGAGCAUGAAUUCUCUCUGGUUACACAAUAAUUUCUCCUGGUUUUGAGGCUCACUAGGCGGAGGAAUAUUCCGCAGUUCGCAGGGUUAUCCAAACUUGGGACGACGGUCUUUCUUCAAUGCCUGGGGUUGGGGUCGAUCGAGAGGUGAGUUCUCAAAUAAAGAGCUGAUCGUUUUUGGGUGAAGCUAUGAAGUGCUUCAAUAUAACUAUUGCAAAAAAGAAAGAAGACAUUCAUUGCACAAUAUCUUCAUCAAUUAGAUCUUUUAGCACAAACUCGACUGAUCGUGAUGUCAAGAGAUCAGGGUCUGAGAUCAACUCAUUAGCCACUUCUGACACGAGUGCUGAUUCUGUAAGGAGGUCUCGGUUGCAGAGUUUCUCUCAGAGAGCAAGCAAUCUGCGAGUAUUUUCUGUUACUGAAUUGAAGAUUGCUACAAAAAGUUUUAGUCGUUCAGUAAUGAUUGGAGAAGGUGGAUUUGGAUGUGUUUAUAGGGGAACAAUUAGGAGCUCUGAUGACCCAAAUUCUAAGAUUGAAAUUGCAGUAAAACAACUAGGCCGUAGAGGGUUACAGGGGCACAAAGAAUGGCUGACAGAAGUAACUUUUCUCGGUGUUGUUGAUCAUCCAAAUCUUGUUAAGUUAAUAGGCUAUUGCGCUGAAGAAGAUGAAAGGGGAUCUCAGAGGCUUCUAAUUUAUGAGUACAUGCCUAAUGGAAGUGUUGGGGAUCAUCUGUUUGCUCGAUCAACUGCACCUCUUUCCUGGCCUAUGAGGUUAAGGAUAGCUCUUGAUGCUGCUCGUGGCCUGUCCUAUCUUCACGAAGGAAUGGACUUCCAGAUCAUAUUUCGGGAUCUCAAGACUUCCAACAUUCUCUUGGAUGAACACUGGAACGCUAAGCUCUCAGACUUUGGCUUGGCUAGAGAAGGCCCGGAAGAAGGUUCAACUCAUGUUACUACAGCUGUUGUUGGAACUCUAGGCUAUGCUGCUCCUGAAUACAUGCGAACCGGUCGACUUACCGCCAAGAGUGACAUAUGGAGUUUUGGGGUUUUCCUCUAUGAACUCAUCACCGGUCGUUGCCCAAUCGACAAAAAUCGACCGAAAAACGAACAAAGGCUUUUGGAGUGGGUUAAACCCUACAUCUCUGACAUUAAGAAAUUUCGAAUGAUAAUAGACCCGAGGCUCGAUACACGCUCGUCCUUGAAAUCUGCGAUGCGGCUGUCGACCGUUGCGAACCGUUGCCUUGUGCAGCAUGCAAAGUCAAGGCCUAGAAUGAGUGAAGUAAUGGAAAUGUUGCAGAGAAUUGUGGAGAAUUCAGAGACUGGAGCUCCUCAGCCUCCACUGAGAUCAGUUCCUCUUCAGGAAGAAGCAGCUCAAAAGAGUCAAAAGAAUGGAUUGGAUCAGAAGAGAAGGUUAAGUGAAUUGAAAAAGGGAGAGGGGAGACGAUUGGUUUGGCGAGGUUGGACGCCAAAGCUUAUAAAAACGCACUAGUUUUGGCUGGUGAAGAUGAUGGAAGAGGUUAACUAGUUUGUCAAUAUCUUUGUAAUACUUUAGGGGUAAUUUUUUUUGUGUGUGUAUAAUGGUGAGGGGUUUAAUUUGGCUGUUCCAGAAUUGAAUUCAGCUAUAGCUGUCUUGUCAUGUUUUCAUAUAGUCAUGUACAGUUCUUUUCUUUCUCA